AUGGCCGCCGCGCUGGGAAGGCUCCUGCGGACCGCGGUGCCCGCUGCCGCCGCCGCUGCCGGGAGGAGGCUGACGGCGCGGCCCCUGCCCUGCGCCCGCCGCCAGUUCAGCCUCGGCUCCUCGCGGUUUGCUCCAGCGGUAACACAACACGCCCCGUUUUUUAAAGGAACGGCCGUUGUUAACGGAGAGUUCAAAGAGCUGAGCCUGGAUGAUUUCAAGGGGAAGUACCUGGUCCUCUUCUUCUACCCCCUGGACUUCACCUUUGUCUGCCCCACAGAAAUUGUGGCGUUCAGCAACAAAGCAAAUGAAUUUCGUGAUGUGAACUGUGAAGUGGUGGCAGUUUCUGUGGAUUCUCAUUUUUGUCAUCUGGCCUGGAUAAAUACACCACGAAAGAGCGGCGGUUUGGGCAAAAUGAAUAUUCCAGUUCUGUCAGACCUCACAAAGCAAAUCUCCCGUGAUUAUGGUGUACUGCUAGAAGGACCUGGGAUAGCAUUAAGAGGUCUCUUCAUCAUUGAUCCAAAUGGGAUCAUCAAGCAUCUAAGUAUCAAUGAUCUCCCCGUCGGUCGUAGCGUGGAAGAGACCCUCCGCUUGGUGAAAGCAUUCCAGUACGUGGAAACACAUGGAGAGGUUUGCCCGGCAAACUGGACUCCAGACUCCCCUACAAUCAAACCAAGCCCAGAAGCUUCUAAAGAAUAUUUUGAGAAAGUGCAUACAUAAACGCUCAAGUAUGUGGACAAAACUCUUAGUUACCAUAAACUGAAGACAUUAGGAAAGCAGCUGUGAUUAUAAAAAAAAAAAAUAAUAAAAAUCAAGUCAAAGUUCUCAUUUUCUCAUGUUUAAGAAGAAAUUAAAUGCUGAAAUAUUUACUGACUCCCUUGUCUUGCUUUAAAAAGAAGGGUAAAAACUAAGGCUUUUUUCCUCCCCCUUUUGCAACUUCAGUUUCAUUAAUUUCUGUGACCACUAGUCGUCUUCCUGAAUACAACAAGUACACAAAAUACAGUUGUUUUCCACUGGGUUUUUCCUCUUUCCUUAACUAGUUUUGGACCAGAAAGUAUCCUGCGUUUUCUUUUCUCCCAUGAAAAAUUAAGUUCUGUAAGAAGAGUUUGAAACAAUGGGGACAAUACAGAAAAUAGAAUUUUGAUACAUGGUUUGUUUUUAAUGAAUUUUGCAGAGGAAGAGAUGAAUGUAAUAAGCAAAAACUAUAAACCUGCCCCCCUUGUUUUUGCGUGUAAAUGCACCAUAACUUUAAAUGAAUGUAAAUAUGUGCCAUUUUAAUCCUGCAUAUAGUCAAAGAUGCAGUGCAGCUACACGGGAGCAUUAACAAGCAUGAAGAACUUGUAUUCUGCUUGGGAGAUGGUAAAAACUUGAACCAUAAUAGUGUACUUACUGGAGCUUAAUGACAAUCUUCCAUCAUUUAAAGCAUUGCUUAUUUGCUUGAAUCUGUCUCCAGGAAAAACUUAAAAGUUUCAAUGUACUGCUUGAAAACAAUGUCUCUAGCUAUAAUAUAUAUAGCCUAUCUCUAGCUGUAAUAAUAAAUCUUAACAUUGACUAGCA